CUGUCUGCUUUCCUGCAGAUCUACAUCGAGCUGGACGUUCGCUUCCAUCCAGUGGAGGGAACAGCUGGACAAUGGGAGGGACUAGACUUCCUGUCCAUCGAAGACAAGGAUGAUUCAGCUCUGGUCAUCAGGAAUGAAGGAUUCGAUGAUCCUACAAGUCUGCAGACUCUCGGCCGUCCAGAUCAACGUGACAGAGAAGCUCGACGUCUGGGACAGAGUCUGGUCCGGACGGGAGAUGAAGAUGAAGAUGACGACGAUGACGAUUAUGAUGAUGACCUGAUGGACAUGGAGGUUUCUGACAUCACCUUCACUCCUCUUCUGAGUCGCUGCAAGCCGCUGUCCAGAUGUGCUGUAGCAGCGAUGCCCAGAGUCCAGAGCUUCCAGGUGAAUGUGAACAUCUUGGAAGCUCAGAAGCUGGUUGGAGUCAACAUCAACCCUGCAGUGUUCGUCAGAGUGGGAGGUCAGAAAAAACACACGGCGACGCAGAAAUCCACCAACUGCCCGUUCUACAACGAGAACUUCCAAUUUGAAUUUCAAGAGGCUUCACAGAUUUUCUUGGAUAAAGUCAUAGAGAUAAAGGUGUUCCACAGACGGACUCUGGCCUUCCUCUUGACCCACAUUGGAACCUUUAAGAUUGACAUCGCCACCGUGUACAACCAGCCAGACCACCGAUUCUAUCAGAAGUGGGCUCCACUAACCGACCCGGCAGACACCCGAUCUGGGAUCAAAGGCUACGUCAAGGCCAGCCUCAAUGUGCUGAUGAAGGGAGACUCUCUGAGCAUGCCCAGUCUGCCACCGACAUCCUCAUCUGGAGCCAGCGAGGACAUAGAAAAGAACCUGCUGCUUCCUCGUGGGAUGCCUUCUGAGAGACCGUGGGCUCGCUUCCGUGUCCGGAUCUACAGGGCCGAGGGUCUUCCCACCAUGGAGGCAGGGCUGAUGGCCAAGAUGUCCGUCACUGAUCGGGCAGUAUUCAUUGAUCCCUACGUAAAGGUGACCUUCGCUGGACAACAGGGGGAAACGUCAGUCGCCAAUGCCACCAGCUCUCCGAUUUGGAACGAGGAGAUCUCCUUCAUCGAGCAGUUUCCUCCUCUGGCUCAACGAAUCAAAGUUCAGGUCCUCGAUGAUACCAAGAUGGGAGACAUCGCCCUGGCAACGCACUUCCUGGACCUGCAGCAGAUCUCGGACCCCACCAGGAACGGGUUUAACCCCACCUUUGGCCCAAGCUGGGUUAAUCUUUAUGGUUCUCCCCAGAACUCCACCCUCGGAGACGUCCACCAGGCUUUGAAUGAGGGUUUGGGUGAAGGACUUUUCUAUCGUGGUCGAAUCCUCCUCGCUCUCAACAUGGAGGUUUACAAUUCCCCAUCUGCCGUCGCCACGGAUACAGGCUCUGCCGCCGUAGGAAAGGUGAAAGGAGCGCUGGGGAAGCUGGGACUGAGGAAGAAGAAGAGCAACAAGAAAGGAAAGAAUGAAGAGUCUCAGGCUGCCAGUACUUUGGCCGACGACUCAGGCGAGGCAGGAAUUGAAGUGCCGGAAGCCGUUACUGUGGAAAUUGAGGAGAUCCAUCCUCUACCUGAGGGUUUCCUCGGGCAGAGGGAGGAUUUUCUGCUGUUUGCGUCUCUGUUUGAAGUCACCAUGAUGGAUCCAUCUGUAGGAACCAAACCGAUGAGCUUCGAGCUUUCCAUAGGGAAUUAUGGGAAGGCGGUGAUGGUUGGGAAGUCCAAGAGGAGCCAGAGCAAGGAGGAGCUGAGGAAGAGCAAAGAGAAUCUGAAUGAGGAGUCACAGGGUCUGCUGGACUCAGAGGAUGAGCUGGACAAACAGGAAGUGCAGAAUCCUGAACCUGAGAACAGAUCUGUGUCUGCUCCUAUGAGACCUCAGCCCACCGAGUACGACAGGUCCUUCCAGUGUCUUCAGCUGCAGCCUCCUUCAGUGAAACUAAAGCCUUGUCUGUUCGUCUGGAGUCAGUUUGAAGAUCACAGCUUCCGUCUUUAUCAGGCCAACUGGCUCAGCAAGAUGGCCGACAGACUGGAGAUCGGUCUGGACGAGGUGGAAAUCCUGCUGAGGAGGCCGAGGAGUAAAGCGAAGGAGCGUCUGGUGGAGGUUCUGCUGGAGCUUCUGGCCUCCUGCAAACAGUUCAGUAGUUUCUCAGAAAGGAGAUCUCAGUUUCGUCCCAACAAACUGGACAAAUGCAGGAGGGAGUUUAUCAAGAAGAAUUUGGUUCUGUUGGCUCGUCAGGCGGUCCGAGCCCGGCGGAGAAUGACCAGACGGACGACCAAACAGCGGUUGAACGACACCAGAAAACUGUUAAAGAGACUCCGGCUGCUGGCUUCAGAGCCUCAGAACACCAUCCCAGACGCUUUCAUCUGGUUACUGAGUGGAAACAAGCGAUUGGCUUACGUCAGGAUCCCCGCCCACUCCAUCAUGUUCUCAUUGGUGGAGGAGCAGAGGGGGCGGGACUGUGGCCGAGUCAACACCCUCUACAUGAAGUCUCCAGGAGGUGCAGCCAGUGAGAUCUUUGCGAAGCUGGAGGUCUACCUGUGGCUCGGCCCGGUUAAAUACAGUAAAGAGGCCCUGAACUCUUUACCAGAGGAGUUCACUCCUGUGUACGACGAGGAGGAGGAGGACCAGAGGAGGCUGGUCUCUGAGGGAGGGAGGAGGAAGCUUCCAGUCAGUCUGUCCUGUCAGGACAGCAGGUACUUCCAGCUCCGGUGUCACCUGUACCAGGGGCGUGGCCUACUGGCUGCCGACGACAACGGACUCUCUGACCCUUUUGCGAAGGUGGUUUUCUCCACACAGUGUCAGGUCACCAGGGUGCUGUCCGACACUCUGUCUCCCACCUGGAGCGAGUGUUUGCUGUUCGACAGAGUUCUACUGGAGGGAACCAUGGAGGAGCUGCAGAGGGACCCGCCGCUGGUCAUCAUCAACAUCUACGACCACGACGCCGUGGGAAGUCCGAAGCCUUUGGGUCGAGCUUACGCCGAGCCUGAAUUCAAACCUGUUGAGUUGUUCUACAGGAAGCCCCGCCUACGUUUCUAUGACAUCAACUUGGGCAGGAUUCCAGCUGGAGAGCUUCUGGGUGCCUUCGAACUCAUCGAACUGGACUACUCCAGAUUUGGAGAGCCCGGCCUCCCCAGCAGUGUGGACCCUCAGGAGCUGACCUACGUGGACGAGCAGAGAUGUUACGUCAUACCAGAAGGAGUCCGACCGGUUCUGAAGCCCUUCAGGAUUGAGGUGCUGUUCUGGGGCCUGCGGGAGCUGAAGCGGGUGCAGCUGUUCGAGGUGGAGCGCCCCCUGGUGAGGGUGGAGUGUGCAGGACGCCAGCUGGAGUCUGAGGAGAUUGAGAACUACAAAACUCACCCGAACUUCAAAGAGGUGGUCCGCUACAUCGACGUGGAGCUGCCAGAAGAGUCGUACCUCCACCCUCCUCUGACGGUGUUCGUUGUGGAGCAUCGGGUGUUCGGCCAGCUGGCUCUGGUCGGGGCCCACGUGGUUCAGAACCUCAUGAACUAUGGACCUCGUGAGCUCGACAGGGAGCCAGAGGAGGAAGAGGAGGAGCCAAAGCCAAAAGUGAGGCAGAACUCGGUGAAGAUCAACCCUCUGAUGUCGGUGAAGAACAUCGGGCUGAGCGGUCUGACGGUCAGUCAGUCCAAGAUCCCCAUCAACCCCAUGAAACUGGUCAACGCGCCUCUGAAGAAGCUGAUGAAGAAAGGAGAGGAGCUGGAGGAGGAGGCGCCUGAGAAGGAGGAGCUGGACUGGUGGUCCAAAUACUACGCUUCACUAGAGGAGCUGGAGAGGAAGGCUGCUGAGGAGGAGGAGAUGGAGGAACAAGCAGAGACGGAUGGAGCCCAUCUGACGAUGGCGAACAUUGAGGAGGAGGAGGAGGAGGUUGUGGUGGUGGAGAUGGAGCCUCCUAAAAGGAAGAAGAUCGCCACACUGAAGCUGUAUGGAGGCGACCUGGAGUCAGAGUUCCAUCAGUUCCAGGAUUGGCUGCACACGUUUCCUCUGUACAAAGGAAGAGCGAGUAGUGAGGACUAUGAGGAGGACGACGAGGAGAGGCUGAUGGGAAAAUACAAGGGCUCCUUCCUGGUUUAUCCAAUCGAUCCAGAAGACACCGAGGACACUCCAGAUCACCAGAUCACCAACGGAAUCCCCAAAAACUCUCCGAUCAAAAUCUUAGUCCGAGUUUACAUCGUCAAGGCCACCAGUUUGGCUCCCACAGACCCUAACGGUAAAGCCGACCCGUACCUCGUGGUUCAGGUGGGAGAACAAAGUAUGGACACCAAAGACCGAUACAUCCCCAAACAGCUGAACCCGAUGUUCGGAGAGGUGUUUGAACUCACGGUGUCGUUCCCGCUGGAAACAGAGCUGGUUGUCACAGUAAUGGACCACGAUCUGAUCGGGGCCGAUGACGUUAUCGGCGAGACUCGGGUUGACUUGGAGAACCGGUUCUACAGCCACCACAGAGCCUCCUGCGGUCUGGCUCUGUACUAUGACACUGAUGGUUACAAUAUGUGGCGUGAUGCAAAGAAGCCAUCCACCAUCCUAGCUGAGCUCUGCAGGAUGAACGGAAUCCCGUCUCCAGAGUACCGACCACAUGAAGUCAAAGUCCUCAACAAGAUCUUCAAAAUACCACCAGAUGCAGUUCCUGAAGUUCUUCUGAAGAAGAACGAGCGAUCUCCAGAGGAGCAGGCAGAGAUAGAGGAACAUUCAGCCCUGAGCGUGCUGCAGCGAUGGGGGGAGAUGAACGAGUUCAUCCCUGGAGCUAUCCCUCUGGUACCAGAACAUGUGGAGAUCCGGUCUCUGCAGAACCAGAGCAACCUUGGAUUGCCACAGGGUUAUCUUCACAUGUGGGUGGACAUGUUUCCCAACGACAUCCCAGCUCCGCCUGCUGUGGACAUUAAGCCCCGCCUCCCUGAACAAUAUGAGCUGCGGGUGAUCAUCUGGAACACCGAUGAUGUGUUUCUGGACGACGUCAACCCGUUUACAGGCGACCCAUCCUCCGACAUCUACGUUAAAGGUUGGAUUAAAGGACUGGAAGGAGACAAACAGGAGACCGACGUCCACUUCAACUCUCUGACCGGAGAAGGAAACUUCAACUGGAGAUUCGUUUUCCGCUUCGACUACCUUCCUACUGAGAAAGAGGUGGUUUAUAAGAAGAAGGAGUCCAUCUUCUCUCUGGAGGAGUCUGAGUUUCGUCAGCCAGCUGUUCUGACGCUGCAGGUCUGGGACUACGACCGCAUUGCAGCCAAUGAUUUUCUGGGCUCCCUGGAGUUUAGUCUUAGCGACAUGGUUCGACCUGCAAAAUCUGCCACCAAGUGUACAAUAGAGAUGGCGAAGGAUCGGGCCAGCCCUCGGUUCUCCAUCUUUCGUGCCAAGAAGAUGAAGGGCUGGUGGCCGCUGAUACGCCUGAAGACGGCCGAGGACUUUGAGAGGGAAGAGAAGGAAAAGGAGGAGGCCAAGAAGAAGAAGAAGAAGAAGACCAAGGACAAGAGGAGCAAACUGAGGCAGGAGGACAUCCAGUACACCGACAGUCUGGGCAACACAUUCCUGUUAAUGGGGAAGGUGGAGGCGGAGCUUCAGCUGGUGCCGUUGGAGCAGGCCGAGGCAAACCCAGUGGGACGGGGACGUAAAGAACCAGAACCUCUGGACAAACCAAAUCGCCCCACCACCAACUUCUCCUGGUUCAUCAACCCAAUGAAGACCUUCAUCUUCCUCAUCUGGAAGAAAUACAAGAAGUACAUCAUCGCUCUGGUCAUCCUGGUCAUCCUGGCGCUCUUCCUCGCCCUCAUCAUCUACACAUUGCCUCAGAACAUCACCUCCCUCAUCAUCAAAGGAUGAAGAAACCUGUGGAGUCUUCAUCACCUGGACUGUCUCAGGUUUCUGAUCCUGAACUAAUCAGUGUCACAUUUACUCAUGAUUCCAAUUACUAUUAGUCUGGAUGAUUAAAUACAGUCAGCCUGAGUGAACUACAUUACCCAGCAUCCUCAGGGAUCUGAAUUAUUGUCAGAUUAUUGGAUGCUUCUUACUCCACAUUUAAACUUUAUAUUAUUAUGUCAUUUUAAUAUUGUUUGACUGUAAAACCUCAAUCAGUAUCUUUCUUUAAUGACAGUUGUGAUUAUUUUUUCUAAUCUUAAAUGUAAAUUAAGUCAGAAUAUUUAAACACGUUUAUUAUUUUAAGCUUCAUUUUGCACUGACUAAGUACUGAAGUUAAUAUUCUUAUUUUUACUAGUUUGAAAAUGAUUAAUCUGAAUGUUAGUUGCUGUUUCUGAGAAUUAAAUAAAUAUUAUUAAAUAUAUUAUUAGAAACAAUGUCACUCUGUGUCAAAGUCACUCUGUUUAAAGGUAUCACUUAGAGAUUAUUUCUUUCUCACUCACUUCUUAGUUUCCGUCCAGUGCUUUUGUGCGCUAAUCAAACUUUUCAAAUAUUAAAAUGUGAAUUUGCUCACCCCCUCAUAAUGAAGCAGAUCAAAAGGGUUUUUGUUCAACCUUUUUUUUAAAAAAAAAAAAACGACCUGCUUUUCUUUGACUGUGACUCAUUUAGUCACAAUUAUUUAAUGUCAUAAAGAAACUCCUGAUAUUUUAAACCAAGUUUUCAGGAGGUUUAAAAUUAAUAAUCUGCAAGUCAUCUGAAAAAUGUAAAGUUUCUGCAUUAAACCAACCAAUAAAGGAAAAGUAGAGGAAUAUCAGUGGCAAACUGCUGUUGAAUUACUAAAUUAAAAGUCAUUAUUUUGUCCCUUUGACUGAUAUUAAAUGUGAUUAUGUGAACUUGGUUGGUCUUUCGCAGCAAAAUGACAUUUAAAACUUCCAUAUUUUCCACUUUUUUAAAGCAAAUUAAUUAAAAUUUCAUACCUCCUCAGUUUUUAAGACAAAUAAAACGGAACAAAAAAUAUUUUUCACUUCUUGGCCACUGUAAAGGAAAUUUGUCAUGUUUUCUGGCUUAUGUUUGACACAAAGCUGAAGUGAAAUUCAGGCCUCAGCCAUCAGACUUUGCCCUCGUCUUGUGUCUGAACCUCAGGAAGUUAGAAAUGGUUUGUUUACAGACGUUUACUCUGAGUGUUUCCUCUGAGACUCUGAUUAAAUUGGUUCAUGUCGGGACAAAGACCAAAUCUUCUCGUGCAGACUCAUGACUUGGAGGCAAAAGCUUGAGGAAUCUGAUGACUUAAACGGAAUAUAUAUACUAUUUUUGUAAAAAAAAAUCACAAAAGAAGUGCCCUUUUUUUUUUUUUUUUUACAAA